AUGAACCGGUCCCUCCAAAAAUGCAGAGAUUUCUUUUUAAAUCUAUCAAGCAGGGUUCCUCAUAGGGUCCAAAAAUCUAACUACGAGCUUCCAUACAUAGAUUUUACUGGAAGACCUCUUUCCACUGAUUUCUUAAAAAUACACAAAGGAUCUCCGAAGAGAUGGCUUCUUCUCACAAGUGGGACGCAUGGCGUCGAGCUAUUCUAUGGCAGUGCUCUUCAAUCUCAUGUUUUAAAGAAAAUUAUAGAUGGAAGCUUCCAGAUUCCAGACAAUGUAGGAAUUAUAAUGGGCCAUGCUAUAAAUCCAUGAGGUGCAGCUUGGCUUCGACGAGUCAAUGUAAACAACAUUGACUUAAAUAGAAACUUUAUUACAGAUUUCCCUGAGCUCUUAGAAAGGCAGAAAACAGAUCCAAGAUAUAAAGAAGCCAAAUCAAUUUAUUUAGAUACUGACGAGAUUAUCAACCCGGGAUCCCCUAGAUUUUCUAACUUGUAUGAUGGAGCUAAAAUAGCUUAUUAUUUUUGGAAAUAUGGGAGGGAAAAAUUCACUUACGCUAUGAUGUUCGGACAGCGCUUCAAAAGCAGAGGUGUGCAGUAUGGAGGAAAAAGCAUGGAAAUUGAAUUAAAAUUGUUACAAGAAAAAAUAUAUGAACUUAUCCCUACAGAUUCUGAGGCAGUCAUACAUAUUGAUAUCCAUACUGGGCUAGGAGACCCAGGGCAAGAAACAUUUAUUGUUACAGACGAUAUUAAGAUUUUGCGUGGCCAUAAGCGGGCUCCCCACUAACUGACUACCUUGACUCCAGGAAAAGUGGCCUACACUGGAUGCAUGCAUAUACACCUUAGUGCAAAUGGUAUAAGGCCCAGCAAAAUUCCACCCUCUCGAACUUUCUGGAGAGACUCACUUAAGGGAGACCAUGUGAGAGGCAAAACUGUCUAGCCCGCCUGGCAGGGGUAGGAAAACCUUCGGGGAGAAACAAAACUUCUCUUCGACAAGGCAUCCCCAAGCCUGAAGGUAUACUUCCAAAAGGACAGAAGCUCUGUUUCAUCAGGAUGGGUCCUACUUUCUCCAUAUUGAGUGCAUCUCGGAGACCAAUUUCCGUCAACUUUGCCGUUAUAUUUCUGAUUACUGACGAGGAAUCUAAAACUACGACUGCUUCAAUUUUUGGUGAAAAAAGAGUUGACUUUAAUAGUCUUUUCAGCGGCAAGGACGGCGGAUUAAUUAUAUCAGGACUGAAAGAAACCAAAAGAAUUGAUGGGAAAUGGGCAGCUUUUGCUCUUGAAAUUGGGACAGCUCCAAUAAACAAAACAUUUUUAAGUAUCAGAGACGAAGCAGUUUGGCACAACGCAAAUUCUAUUGUAGAAAAUUUCUCAAAAAAAGAAUUAUCUGCUUUUAAUAGCGAAAGUUACUUAAACCAUAAGACUAAGCAAGUACUUGUCGAAAUGUUCUGUCCAAGUAGCGAGGAGUGGCAAAAAUCAUCACUAAAUAUUGGCUAUGACACUGUAAAUCAUACAAUAAAAUAUUUGUCAGCUUCUAAAUAA